GAGCGUGCUUCAAGAGGGUUGCUCGCAAUGCCUUCGUUGUGAACGUCGUAGUUUCUGGAAAGAGUAUAACGAGACGUUGCGCCAUUGUGGAAUGCAACCGGUAAGAGGGUGGAUGGUUCCAAGUCAAGCUUCAGCAAGCAUUGGACUCUACGCCUUUACACCCAGCAGAGGUCGACAUUGCAGGCACUACCGAUUAAGAUUGACUGCCGCUCGCCGACUGCCAGGCCUUCGCCAUCGAAAAGUGACCUGCCUUCCAAUGAUGACUUGGUUCAAUGCUACCGUGUUCAGAAUUUGUGUGACUGUAUGCUUUACCAUCUUUCUAACCCGUUUGUUGGCUCCUAAUCACAAUAUCACAUCCAACCUUCUCUACAUUGCUUCGAUUUCGACGAUGGAAGAUUUAUCACCCUAAGCUUCCGUCACGGCACUACGAAUUGAUGCAUUACUUUUGGUCACGGCAAAGAUCUGGCCUUCGAGGUGAUCGUCAUUGCCGGUCCACACUACGGUACAAAAUCUUGCAGGCCAGGUAGCGAAGUCGCUACUGGAAGGGGAUGUAUUCAACUUGCUUACGUUUUCAGGAGAAAUAGGCAACGAACAGC